AUGUCUGAUCUACAGUUGCAGAAACGGCUCUUGACGCCAUUCCUCUCAAAAAAUAUUCCGCCAAUUCCAGAAGAAAAUGAGCGGCGAGAAUACCCCAAAAAGGUCAACCCGUUGUCCUAUCUAUUUUUCUGGUGGUUGCAUCCAGUCAUGAAGGUGGGCUAUAAGCGGACCUUGACGCCGGCCGAUAUGUAUACGCUCAACGAUAAUAUCAAGGUCGAGACGUUGACCAGGAAAUUCCAGGAGAUCUUCAGGACUCGUUUGGAAAAAGCGCAACAUGCACAUGUACUUGCCAAGGUAACACUGAGAGGAGAAACCAUGGAAACAUCCUCAAUCCCGUACGCCGAUGAUGUGCGCGAUCUCGAGUUGUCCAAACACUUUCUCACAAUCUCCCUUUUCCUCACCUUCAAAUGGCAGUACUCCCUUGCGUGUACAUUCUUAGUGUUGGCUAGUGUUGGCUCCACCACCGCGCCAUUGCUUACUAAGGAAUUGAUCAAGUUUGUCGAAUACCGCGUACUUGAUAUCGACGUCAAUAUGGGGUCUGGAGUCGGAUACGCCCUCGGAAGUUCCUUUUUGGUGCUUGUGGUCGGAUUACUCAUGAAUCACACGUUCCAGAAUGCCAUGUUGACUGGUGCCCAGGCAAAAGCUGUGUUGACCAAGUCUAUCUUGGACAAGUCCUUCAAGUUGAAUGGCCAACUGAAGCAUGACUAUCCAGUGUCAAAAAUCACUUCGAUGAUGGGUACAGACUUGGCGCGGAUUGAUUUUGCGAUGGGUUUCCAACCAUUCCUUGUAUCAUUUCCUGUGGCUGUCGGAAUCGCGAUUGGAAUUUUGUGCCACAACAUCGGCGCAUCAGCUAUGGUUGGUAUUGGUCUCACUUUUGUGUUCAUUGUCCUCAUGGGCCUCGUGACCAAGAAAUUGUUCGCCUACAGAGCUAGUGCCAACAAGUAUACCGAUACUCGCGUGAACUACAUGAAGGAAGUAUUGUCCAACCUCAAGAUGAUCAAAUUCUACUCGUGGGAAAACCCAUAUCUUGAUCGCAUCACGGAGAACAGAACAAAGGAAAUGCACAUCAUCUACAACAUGCAGAUGAUCCGGAACAUGAUUGUGUCUGUGGCGAUGUCGUUGACACUUUUCGCGUCGAUGGCCUCCUUUUUGGUUGUAUACGCCACUCUGGGAUCUACGAAGUCUCCUGCAGACAUCUUCUCCUCGGUUUCUCUUUUUAAC